GGUAAGUGGAGAGAGAGGCCGUAGUUCACUUGUUCUUGUUCUCCUCUCCCUUUAGGGCACAACACCUCUCUUCCUAUCUAUAUCCCAUUCACAAUCGGUUAAAUAAAGCAGAAUCCUCAAUCUGUUCUACAAUGGCUGUCAUUAAACCCUAACAAGGGAUCUGGAUCAGCGAUAGAUCUGUUGCGGGUGGGAAUCUGGUGUAGAAAUCUCAGGGGUAAAUCAGAAUUCGGGAUUUUGUACUUUUGGAACUCUAGGAUUGUUUUCGUUUGAGUUUUGAAUUCUGAGUUCGAUCUAAUUUGAGCUUUGGGUUAUAUAAUGGAGCCAACGGAGGUCAAAAAGAGAGGUCGAGGUCGACCAAGGAAACGGUGGCGAGAAGAGGAUGAAAUUGAUAAAAAGGUGGGUUUUGCUGUUAAGAAGCAAUUUUUGGAAAUGAGAUGGAAGCCACUUGUGGGUAGAUAUGUGCUGAAAGAAUUUAAUAGUAAUGGCGUUUAUUUGGGGAAAAUAGUGUACUAUGAUAGUGGGUUAUAUAGGGUAGAUUACGAGGAUGGAGAUUGUGAGGAUUUGGAGAGCAGUGAGCUACGUGAUAUAAUUUUAGGCGAUGACUAUUUUGAUGAUGAUUUGACUGAAAGGAGGAAGAGAUUAGAUCAAUUAGUGUUAGAAAAGAUUUCAAAGAAUAAGAAGGAUUUGGGGAAGGAAGUGGCUGAUUCUAAAACUGAGGUUGAUAGGGUUGAAACAUCUGCAUUGACAGAACUGAGUGGUGAAGUAGCAGUUGAGGAUAGUGGGGUACAGGAUGUGGGUGAUGCAGAUUCCUCAAGUGUUUCAUGUGAGAAUUCGCAAGAUGAUGAUUUGGAGCCUGAGGCAGAGGUCCCAAUUGUGCCUCCUUUGCCAUUGCCUAUGUCGUCAGGGACUGUAGGUGUGCCAGAGGAGUACGUUUCACAUCUUUUCUCAGUCUAUGGAUUCUUGAGGUCAUUUAAUAUCCGCCUUUUCUUGAGUCCAUUUACGCUGGAUGAUUUAGUUGGGGCAAUUAAUUGUCAAGUUCAGAACACACUGAUGGAUGCCAUUCAUGUUUCUUUGAUGCGUGCAUUGAGACGUCACCUUGAGACCCUCUCCUCAGAUGGUUCAGAGCUUGCAUCAAAAUGCUUGAGGAGCAUUGAUUGGGGCUUGCUCGAUUCAGUCACCUGGCCUGUUUAUUUGGUCCAUUAUUUCACAAUAAUGGGAUAUUCAAAGGGACCAGAGUGGAAGGGAUUUUGUGAUGAUUUUUUGAAGAGGGAAUAUUAUUCCUUACCUGUGACCAGGAAGUUGACAAUUCUGCAAAUUCUGUGUGAUGAUGUUCUGGAUUGUGCUGAGAUACGAACAGAAAUUGAUAUGCGGGAAGAAUCAGAAGUUGGAAUAGAUCCUGAUGCUGUGGCCACCAAUUUUCCUGAAAAUGGACCGAGAAGGGUCCAUCCCAGAUAUUCCAAGACUUCAGCAUGUAAGGACAGGGAGGCUAUGGAGAUUAUUACUCAAAACCAUGGAAAUAAGUCUUCAUGUGAUUUAAAAUACUUGGGUUCCCAAUGUUCUGAAGAGGAGAGAGAUGCUGCUAGUGUUGGAGUUGAUGGGAAUAGUGAUGAAUGCCGGCUUUGUGGCAUGGAUGGGACUUUACUUUGUUGUGAUGGUUGCCCAUCAGCAUAUCAUUCCAGAUGUAUAGGUGUUGUCAAAAUGUAUAUACCAGAAGGGCCAUGGUACUGUCCAGAGUGCACAAUUAACAAGUUGGGUCCUACUGUUAUUGUGGGAACUUCACUUAGAGGAGCAGAAAUAUUUGGUGUCGACAUAUAUGGGCAGGUCUUCCUGGGUACUUGCAAUCACCUACUGGUGCUUAAAGCUUCUGUCGGCGCAGAACCAUAUUUGAGAUACUACAAUCAGAAGGAUAUUCCAAAGUUCUUGCAGGUACUUUCCUCUUCUGUGCAACAUAGAUCCUUAUACUUGGAGAUAUCUAAAGCAAUUGCAGAAUAUUGGAGAAUUCCACAAAGUGCCUUCUCUCCUUUUGAGACAAUGGGUGGAGGUUUGAGUAGAGCAUCUACAAAUGAAGAUGAAAAAUCUUCUACUUUAUCAGUUUCAUUUACUUUCAAGGCUAGCCAUAAGGUUGAAAAUACUGUUAAGGCUGAGAAUGAGCUUAGUUCAAAUAUAAGUGAUGCAGAUAAAGUGGCAGUCUCAUGUCUUGGUACCUCUGUCAAUGCAACAUUUCAAGCUGACGCUCAUGGCAUCCUGAGUAAUGGUGAUGUGACACACAUGAAAAAUUGUGAUCUCAUUAAUAUGAAACUACCUCAGCAGAUAAAAGUCAAGUCUGCUGAUUCAUUUAACCAGCAGAUUGAUCCGUCAGAUUUAGCUCAAAAUAGCUUUAUGGAUAGAUCAAGUGUGAUAACUACUUGCACCUCUACAAACAGUGACGGCAGUCAUGCUGGGGAUGUGAAUGCUAAUUUACCAGCAAGUAUAUUCUCUCAAAGCAAGGAAGGCAAUCGUGCUGGCUUUGGAAGGAUUGAGAGAAAUUUGACAGAUAAUUUUGUGUAUAUGGGGACGUGCUUUAAGCCUUAUGCUUACAUAAAUCACUAUGUACAUGGGGAUUUUGCAGCAUCAGCUGCUGCUAAUCUGGCUGUUCUUUCAUCUGAGGAAAUUCGAGUUUCAGAGGCUCAUAAAUCAGGCAAUGCUAGAAAGGCUAUUUCCGACAUUUUGUUGCAAGCAAAAGCAUUUUCAACAUCAGCCUCCCGGUUUUUCUGGCCAAGUUCUGAAAAGAAGCUUAUAGAGGUGCCAAGGGAAAGGUGUGGUUGGUGUUACUCUUGUAAGGUCCCUUCUAACAGCAGAAGGGGAUGUAUGUUAAACUCAGCUGCAUUGACUGCCACUAAAGGCACCAUGAAGAUCCUUAGUAGCUUUCAUCCCAUAAUGAGUAGAGAGGGGAGUCUUCCUAGCAUUUCAACUUACAUUUUGUACCUGGGGGAGAUUUUAUGUGGUCUUACUGUUGGCCCUUUUGUUAGCGCAAGUUAUAGAAAACAGUGGCGUAAACGAGUAGAAGAUGCUUCAACUUGCAGUGCCAUAAAAGUCCCCUUGCUUGAACUUGAGCACAACAUUCGUGUUGUUGCUCUUUCCGGGGACUGGACCAAGGCAAUGGAUGAUUGGCUGGUUGAUUCUCCUGUAAUUCAAAAUGCUGUAAGCACCAGUGGAACCACACAGAAACGUGGACCAGGUGGGAAACGACAUAAAAGACAAUCUGGCAUAUCUGACAUUAGAGCUGGUGGUUGUGAUGAUAAAAGUUUCAUCUGGUGGCGAGGGGGUAAGCUAUUAAAGCUUGUAUUCCACAAAGCAAUCUUGCCUCGCUCAGUGGUUAAAAAGGCAGCUCGGCAAGGUGGUUCUACAAGGAUAUCUGGUGUCUAUUACGUUGAUGAUCCUGAGCUUUCUAAAAGAAGCAGACAGCUGGUUUGGAGAGCUGCAGUUGAGAAGAGUAAGAAUACAUCACAGCUAGCACUUCAGGUUAGAUACCUAGACCUUCAUGUGAGAUGGAGUGAUCUUGUUCAUCCUGAGCAGAAUCUCCUUGACGGAAAAGGUCCAGAGACAGAAGCCUCUAUAUUUAGAAAUGCAAGCAUUUGUGGUAAGAAAGUUGAGGGAAACAAGAUUAUGUAUGGAGUUGCUUUUGGCAAUCAAAAACAUUUGCCUUCCCGCAUCAUGAAGAAUAUAAUUGAACUGGAGCAAGGUGAAGAUGUAAAGGAGAAAUACUGGUUUUCUGAAAUGCAUGUUCCUUUAUAUUUGAUCAAAGAGUAUGAAGAAAGAGUUGGUGAAAUAGUUUUGCCAUCAGCGAAGAAGUCCUUGAAUGAACUAUCUGAGUUACAGAGAAGGCAGUUGAAAGCUUCCCGCAAGGAUGUAUUUUUAUAUCUUACAUAUAAAAGAGAUAAGUUGGAUAGAUGCUCUUGUGCAUCGUGCCACAAUGAUGUUUUACUGAGGAAUACGGUCAAGUGCAGUGCUUGCCAAGGUUAUUGCCAUAAACAUUGUACAACGAGCUCGACAAUUUAUACAAACGAGGAAGUUGAAUUCUCGAUUGCUUGCAAGCAGUGUUACAGUGCCAAAGUUGUUACUCCUGAUAACAGUAAUGACUCUCCUACUACUCCCUUGCCCUUGCAAAGGCGGGAGUCUCAAAAUGUACUGACAGUUAACAAAACGACAAGGAUUAAACUUCACACUCAACCAUUAAUGUCUGUCAAAACCCAGGAGAGCAGUUCUGAGACGAAACAAAUUACUUCUGCUUCUAGUUUGGCAACAAAAAACCGAAGUAGAAGUUCGGCAACAAAAAGCCGCAGUAGAAGUUCAGAAAUAAAACAGCAAAAUAAAGUAGGUAGUUGGGGUGUGAUAUGGAAGAAAAAGAACGUUGAAGACACAGGAAUUGAUUUCAGGUGUAAGAACAUCCUUCUUAAGGGCGGUUCAGAGAGAUUGAGGCCUGAUUGUCAUCUUUGCAAAAAGCCAUAUAAUCGUGAGCUUAUGUAUAUUUAUUGUGAAAAGUGCAAAAAUUGGUUUCAUGCUGACGCCGUAAAACUUGAUGAGUCCAAUCUUCCUAAUGUGGUGGGCUUCAAGUGCUGCAGGUGUCGUAAAGUAAAAUCACCUAAGUGUCCUUAUGAUGAUUGCCCCGAAGUUGAGAAGCCAGUGGGCCACGAGUCACAUGAGAGGGUGUUGAAGAAAGGAAAUGUAGAAGUGGACUCUGAUUCUGGACCUGUUGCUGAAUCUAAAGAGUACUAUCCAAAUACUCCUAUGUUUCCUAAGGGAGAACCAUUCAUACAAGAUGAUGAUCCUCUUCUUUUUUCUCUUUCAAGAGUUGAGCAAAUUAAAGAGGACAAUUCUGGACCGGAACUUGAAUGGAAUGCGACUGCACAGGGCCCACAGAAACUACCAGUCAGAAGGCAUGCAAAGCCUCAAGUGAAGACAGAAAAUAUCUUCGAGAAUAAUCAUAAUGCUGAAUCUUCCGUACCUCUUGGUGGAAAUAACCUUCUCCCUGAAGAGGAGUUGCCUUCUUGUGGCGAGUGGGAUGUUUCAGCUAAUAGCCUUGAAGGUGACAUACUGUUUGAUUAUGAAAGUCUCAACUACGAGGACAUGGAAUUCGAACCACAGACAUACUUUUCUUUUACGGAGUUGCUGCCAUCUGAUGAUGGUGCCCAGGUGGAUGGAUUUGAUGCUUCAGGGAAUCAAUCCUGUGCAGUUUCACAGGAUGGAUUUCCUGAACAGUUUGCAGUGAGUAUAUCUGGUGAUGGACGGGAGCCAGUGAAAGCUCCUGAAGCUACCAUUGAUGCAAAGCCUUGUAAGAUGUGUUUACACUCAGAUCCAGUCCCUGACCUUUCUUGCGAUAUUUGCAACUUGGUGAUACACCGACAUUGUUCUCCUUGGGUUGAAUUGUCAUCUGCACAAGGCACUUGGACAUGCGGUCGUUGCCGAGAGUGGCAGUAGGUAGCUGAUAUGGUCAUUUUGGCUGUUUUCUUUAUAGGCAAUGAUGAUGCUUGGAGGAACUCAUAUCGAAAAGGUGGUGAACUAAACCUUAAGACUUAGGAGCUAAGAUUGUUUUCUUUUGAUGAAGCAGCACAAUAUUGUUUGUGUGCAUUAUUAAGACUUAGGAGCUAAGAGUAUCAUAUACCAGUUUCUUCAUUACUGAGGUUGCUGUGGAAAGCUUUUGUAAAACGCCAUGUUACCCACGUACAGCGUGUCCUGUCCCACUUGCAGAAUCAGUCCUUCGGAAAAGUUCAGACCAUUUUUUAUUUUCUCAGGUCUGUUCAGGUUAUGAUUUGGCUGAUGUCAAGUACGGGUAUCAGCUGAAAUUUGAUAGUUUCACAACCUCAGAGUUAGUCCCUUAAUGGGAGAUAAGCAGGUUUUUUUAGUUGUGCUUAUCUGAUUACAUGUAUAGAUCACAUUUCCAUCUCUUAUUUUUUAUGAAAUCAGUUUAAAUGCAUAAAUUUUUUAUUGUUUUA